AUGCCUCAGACUAUGCAUGAUGUAUCCCAGACUUUACUCAAGGCAACACUGGACAGUGUUGUAGAAGAAUGUGUCAGCUUUGUGGGAGUCGAUAUUAACAUCUGUUCAGAAGUUUUGUUAAGGCAUAUUGCAGGACUUAAUACAAACAGGGCCAAAAAUAUUAUUGAAUGGAGAGAGCAAAAUGGGCCCUUUAUCAACCGAGAACAGCUGAAAAAAGUGAAAGGGCUAGGUCCAAAAUCCUUCCAACAGUGUGCUGGCUUCAUCAGAAUCAACCAGGAUUAUAUCCGAACAUUUUGCAGUAGUCAGCAAACUGAGUCUUCAGGCCAAAUUCACGGAGUUGCGACAUCUUCAGCAGGUGUUGAGAUCACCAAUGAGAAGCGGGGCAAAAAGAAGAGCAAAACUACAGUGAAUGUUUUACUGAAGCCAAAUCCUUUGGACCAAACUUGUAUUCAUCCAGAAUCAUACGACAUAGCAAUGAGGUUUUUAUCAUCCAUUGGAGGGACAGUGUGUGAGAUUGGAAAGCCUGAAAUGCAACAAAAAAUAAAUUCAUUCCUUGAAAAGGAAGGAAUAGAGAAGAUUGCAGAAAGAUUACAAACAACAGUACAUACCUUACAGGUGAUCAUAGAUGGUCUCAGCCAGCCUGAAAGUUUUGACUUUCGAACAGAUUUUGAUAAACCUGAUUUCAAGAGAAGCAUAGUGUGCCUGGAAGAUCUGCAGGUUGGGACAGUUCUUACAGGCAAAGUCGAGAAUGCCACUCUGUUUGGAAUUUUUGUGGAUAUAGGAGUGGGGCGAUCAGGGCUGAUUCCCAUACGAAAUGUAACAGAAGCAAAACUUUCUAAAACGAAGAAGAGAAGGAGCCUUGGACUGGGCCCUGGAGAAAGAGUGGAAGUCCAAGUACUCAACAUUGACAUCCCCCGAUCUAGGAUCACUCUGGACCUCAUUAGGGUGUUGUGAGUGUCCCACUGAAGGCUAAUCACUGAUUUUAUUGCCUCCUUUCUAAAGGUUGACAAAGAUAAGUCAGAUGUUUAUGAAUUCUAGAUAGCAGGUGAGAAAAUCUUCACUUAAUAUCAGGAAUAU